CAGUAUAAACUUCUAGCAAGAGCAUCACAUGAGUACUCGCAAUCUCCCCGUCAACCUUGCCCUUCUCGUGAUGGCGACUCUAGGAGAGGUGACUGUGGGACUGAACGCUACGGCUACUGCCUUUCCACUCGGCUUCUAUACAUGGGGUCUGGAUAUUUGGACCGAUCCGAAUAGCGACUUCCUGAAAUUCGUCAAGAUGUCCGCGGUACAAAGACAUAGUCCUCUUGGGGACGUUUGGUUCGGCGUUGGUAGCGAUGGCACUCCGGGUGAAGUUCUGGGCAAAGACCAGAUCCUACCUUUCCUCAAGGAGAUUAGACCAACUGCGAAGGGAGUUCUCUAUAUCACGUACGGCGACUUUGGUUCCCACAACGAGCAGGCGUUGCUUGAUUUCAUCGAUAACUUAUUCGACUAUCUGAAAGCCCAAUCCCAGGCCGAUCUGAAGAGCGUCGCACCGUUCGGUAUAUCGCUAGACAUAGAGAAUGAAGGGAUGCAGAAAAUGGUGAUGAGUAGCCUGCAAAAGCUCCAAGCUUAUAAGAAGAAAUAUCUCAGCUUUUUGCCGGAAGGAGACUUCUUGAUUCAACAAGUUGUAGGAGGCUACCCAGAUUCAGGAACUACUGGUUUCACCAUGGAUAAUGCGGACAGCGCUCUUUAUCUAGUCUACCGUUCUUAUAUGACGGACAAAUCGGACAUGGAGCUCAAUCCAGGCAACAACCUUCUCGCUCGCUUCAAAUGGUUUAUGGAACUGCAAUGCAUUCAAUGUCUGAAUCCAGGGUACAAGCCAAGGGCCAAGAUAUCUGUUCUUGUCGAAGGCGCUUGCUACAUUGGGGAGUAUUGUGGACUCAUCUCCUUCUGUGGACAGAACGAGUUCGGCGUUGAAAACCUGUUGAAGACUUUCGAAGAAUUCGAUACUCAAGCCAAAGCUGCACAGUGGAUACCCAAAGGAAGAUUCGACGAAAUGAUGGCUGAUCCCGUAUCGCGCUACGGCAUCCACGAUUGGCACUGGUCUCGUUGUCUAUAUGAUGCUGAUGUCAGUGGGGCUUACCCUACUUGUGGUACUCCACUCAAAUAUGGAACUAGCCUAUGCAAGGCGCUACACAAAACCCCUCAGACUUAAUGCUGAAUUAUAUAUUUUAUGGUCUUUCAUGACAUUGACCUUCAGUGAGAUUUUCCCUCUCUGAUGAGAGUAUCCGUGCCAUGCCAGCACCUCGUUAAGGCACACUUGGACAGUUAUCUCGUAUUCGUUCUCAGAGGAUAAUGCAGGAUUCAUUUUCCUCGACUUUUUUGCAGGUUUGUAUGCAGGAAUGACAUUCGGUGCGCUAUUGGUCGUCAUUAUAACUUUUUCUUAUUGGCGGGUUC